AUGGGAGACUGUCUGGAGCGUUCGGCUGAUACACUUUCUACGCAGGAAGAGGAGCACGAUCCUCACUACGAGCCCGUGAUUCGUCUCACGGACAAAGAUCAAGUGGAGGUCAAGACCCACGAAGAGGAUGAAGAGGUCCGAUUCAAAAUGCGUGCUAAAUUAUUCCGCUUUGAUACUGCUGCAUCCGAGUGGAAGGAACGGGGUACAGGAGACGUGCGUCUACUUGCCCACAAGGCCACUGGGAAAAUUCGUCUUGUGAUGAGACGCGACAAGACAUACAAAGUGUGUGCGAACCAUGCUAUCACAGGGGAGAUGAACCUCCAACCUAAUAUUGGCUCUGAUCGCUCUUGGGUAUGGAAGACUUUGGCUGAUAUGUCAGAAGGUUCACCAUCAGCGGAAACGUUGGCCAUUCGCUUUGCCAAUUCUGAUAACGCGUUACAAUUCAAGCAGGACUUUGAGGAGGCUCAGAAGGUAAACAAGGAGAUCUCCGAGCAAAGCGGUCCGCCGGAAACUGUCCAAACCUCAUCGACAGACCCUGCUGGCCCGUCGGCUUCCACUGCCAAGGAAGCCACAGAUAUAGAGAACGAGAAGCGAGAGAAAGCGAAACCAGAUGAUGGGGCUACUACAGAGCCCGUUGCGAAAGCGUCAGAGGAUGGAGAGCCGAAAGACGGCCCGAGCACCGCAUAG